UGUCAAUGCCAAGAACAUUUUUUUUUUCAAUCACUAAAGUUUUUUUCGUGUCGUAUUUACUUUUUAUUUCAAACUUUUUUAUUAAUUUUAUCUAAUGGCCCGCUACUUCAAAGAACAAGAUAUUGAUGAAUUCCGGGAAUGCUUCUACCUGUUUGCCCGCUCGGGACAGAUCACUUCAUUGGAUGAACUCACAGUGGUGAUGAGGUCCCUCGGGAUGAGCCCCACUAUCCAGGAGCUCACUGGCUAUUUAAAAGGCAAAGGUGGUAAAAUGUCUUUUGCUGAUUUUCUCGAGGUGAUGCACAUACAUUCGCGGGCGGAAAAUCUACCCAGUGAGGUGGUGAACGCGUUCAAAGCGGCCGAUGUGGAUAAGAAAAGCGUGAUACCGGCGAGACAGCUGCGCAAUCUGCUGCAGAACUGGGGCGAAGGCCUAUCCGUCAGGGAGGUGGACAAUAUAUUCCGUGAAGCCAACGUUUCUAACAAUGGCACAGUGAGAUAUGAAGACUUUGUCAAGAUCGCGUGCGCACCUGUACCGGAUUACUAUUAGUUUGUCAUCGGUUAGGGUCUGUUCACAUUGAGACGAGACGAUAUUUUAAUCGACAUUCACACUUUUGAUUAAGAGAAAAAAAAAUAUAUAGUUGUAUGUUUGUAACGAAUGAUUUUUCACGCAAUUUGGGACAGAUAAAGUAGCGAAGGAAGUAUGCAGAGAUCGUGGCAAGUGGAAAGAGGUAGUCUCUGCCUACCCCUCUGGAAAAGAGGCGAUUUUAUGUAUGUAUGUAUGUUUGUAAAGUAGAACUUGGGAGGCUACUUUUUUUCUAGAAUUUCUAAGGAGCGAAGCCUCGCGCAAUUGCUAGUACAAUAUCACUACAUAGUAUAAAACAAAGUCGCUAUUUUACUCUGUUUGUCUGUAUGCUAAAAUCUUUAAAAUUACGCAACGGAUUUUGAUGCGGUAUUUUGUAACAGUUAGAGUGAUUCAAGAGGAAGGUUUUUAUGUAUAAUAACAUUUGUAAUUUUGCACCCGUGCGAAGCCGGGGCGGGUCGCUAGUAAGCUUAUAAAGUUGAGAUUUUUCUUGUAGACGAUGGGCAAGCAACCUGUCACUAUUUGAAUCGCAAUUCCAACACAGCUGGGCGUGUGACAUUUCAGUUUUAUCAAGACUCUCUUGAAAGAUAAAGACAUUGUAUGUGUGACUCAAAAUUAAACUUUAUCUACUAUAUACGAAAAGUUGUUACUUGUGUUAAGUCUCUGUUAAAAUCUGGACGUAGCUUGCGUCUAGUCUUGGUGUGAACUAACCCUUACGUUGUCAACAGCACGUUCCAAUAUAUACACCAGUGUGAACAAAUAUCUCCGCUUGUGACUUAUAAUUUCUUCUUUUAAGCAUUCAUACAAAAAGAUAAUAAAAUUUGUGAAAUGUUUAUCAUUUACCUGUGAUGAAUUUAUUCAUUAUUUUAUGCCAGUGAAUGUACAAAAUCAUGCUUCAAACAUUCCAUUUAUAAUUGUUAAUUAUUAUAUGAUGCCGUCCCUUAUUUAUUUAAAUAAAUAUUCUAUUUAAAUGGUGUGGUUAAUAAAACAAAUAUUUAUAUUUUCAAA